AAGGUGGAGGCCCUCCCCGAGCAGGUGGCCCCCGAGUCCCGGAAUCGCAUCCGGGUACGGCAAGACCUGGCGUCUCUCCCAGCUGAGCUCAUCAACCAGAUUGGCAACCGCUGCCACCCCAAGCUCUACGAUGAGGGUGACCCCUCCGAGAAGCUGGAGCUGGUGACAGGCACCAACGUGUACAUCACGAGGGCGCAGCUCAUGAAUUGCCACGUCAGCGCGGGCACGCGGCACAAGGUCCUGCUGCGGCGCCUCCUGGCCUCCUUCUUUGACCGGAACACGCUGGCUAACAGCUGUGGCACUGGCAUCCGCUCUUCCUCCAACAACCCCAGCCGCAAACCGCUGGACAGUCGCGUCCUGCACGCUGUCAAGUACUACUGCCAGAACUUCGCUCCCAACUUCAAGGAAAGCGAGAUGAACGCCAUCGCAGCUGACAUGUGCACCAAUGCCCGCCGCGUUGUGCGGAAGAGCUGGAUCCCCAAGCUCAAGGUGCUCAUGGCCGAGGGCGACGCCUACACCACCUUCAUCAGCGACACGGGCAAGAUAGAGCCGGACAUGAUGGGCGUGGAGCACAGCUUCGAGACGGCCAGCCACGACGGCGAGGCCGGCCCCUCGGCCGAGGCCCUCCAGUAACUACCACCGGACCCUCCCCGCGGGGCCGUCACACUCCCCUCCCUUCCCCCCCCCCCGUCACACCCGCCCACCAUCUUGGUCACGAGCUACUGUCUGUCCCUCCCCAGGACCCGCGGGGGGCGCUGCAUGCUCCCAGCCCCUCUGCCUCCCCAUCCCACUCUCCGACCCCCAUCUGAGCGGCUAGGAGAGGGCAGCAGCUGGUGCGGGCUCUGCGCUGCCUCUCUUGUGCGCUCGGGCACCGUCGGGGGGCCUCCGCUCCCCCUCCCCUAACCCCCAGCUGUGGUCUCCCCACUCACCAGGCCGGGUGUGGGGAGGGGCCGGCCUGGGGGGCUCAGGAAGGCCCCCUCCCCAGGCCCUGGGCCCCUUGCUGCACCCCCUUGGGACUUGCAGGGGCCCCAGGGUUCUCAGGACCCCUCCUGCCACCACCUCCCAGUGCUUCCAUGUUUCCAAAAGCGCCUUCCUGUCUCCCUCGUCUGUCCCUGCGCCUGGGGGCUGGGGUAGGCGAGGCUGAGGAGACUGCCCAUUUCACAGCUGAGGGAACCGAGGCUCAGAGGAACUCCACCAUUGACCUAAGGUGGUGGGCGGUGGCGGGCCCAGUGCCCUUCUCUCUCCCCCACCCCGUGCCCACCUCUGUUGCCCCCAUCUGUCUCCUGGGGCCUGAGAGGGGCAGGUCCCGAGUCGGGGGCUCUUGGGGGCAGACCGAGGGUCUCGGCGAAUAGAACGAGAGGUUUCCUGGGCUCACAGAAGUGUGUGCGUGUGAGUGCGCGCGUGUGUGUGUAGAAGUUGUGCUUUUAAACAAAUGAAGAUAUGAGAGGCAGUAGGGCCAGGGCUGGAAGUCAGGGGAGCAGGCUGGGGGGCUGUUGCCCUUCCCCCCCCCACCACCCCCCGCCCUGCCUCCUGUACAUACUUUUUAAAGCAUUUUUUUAGCUAAUGAAAUAUUGAAGUAUAAGAUUCCUUUUAUUUUUCAAACCAACGGGACUGUGUCUGAUGUCCCCUUCGGUCCCCGGGGACGUGGCAGGCAGGACGGGGUGGGGGCUGGGGGCGGGCUGAAUGUGUGUGUGUGUGUGUGUGGAGUGUGGGUGCGCAUUUCUGAGGUGGGGACUUGGCCGGGCCUCUGCUUGGCCUCCUGUGGGUCUGACCAGGUUCCCCCCCUUGCUCCGCUGCUCUCCAGCAGGGCUCCAUUUAAAGGGUGGCCCUGGCCUUGGUCCAUUGGCUGAACCCAGCUUCUGGGGACGAGGCAGGGCCUGCUUCCAUUGUUAGCAGUUUGCAGAAUUUUCUCUAACCAUUCCUCUCUUUAGAUCCUCGCCCAGCGCGAGGGGUUUUGUUUUUUUUGAGUUUUACAUGUGAACUCUGGAGGGUUCUUUUUUUUUUUUUUUUUUACUCCCUGUCCCCUCCACACUGGGUGUCCUUUCUUCACAAUUUUCACCAUUUUCUCUCUAGCCCCGCCCACUGCCUCUCGUCUCCUCCCCGAUCUGACCGGCCUAUUGCUCCCAUUGCUCCCAGCGGCCUCUUCUAGAGGCAGGGGGAUUGCCAGAGGUGGGGCGGGGGUUGGCCAGCCCUGACGGGACCUUUGGAAUCUGACUUGGAGGCCUCCCCCACCGCCCAGCAGCCCCCACCGGUCUGUGAGGGGGUCCCUCCUGACAUCUCAUUGUGGGGGUGUGGGGGGGGUGUCUGGUCUGGCCAGGGUCCUGGCACUCUGCUUUCCUGGCCUGGCCCCUGCACCUUAGCCCUCAGCUGGCCCAGUGUAUGGGGGGAGUCGACGCCCCAGCUAAAGCACAAGCACCUUAGUCGCACCUCCCCCACGCCCUUGUCCUGGCCUUGACAUCCUACCCCAGCAUCGAUCCCAAAGCACAAUAUCCUGGUCACUUGGCAAGCUGCCGGGCCGGCCAAGGCCGAGGGGCCGGCCAGGGCUCCAGCCAGAGCCCACAAGGAAGGAGUCCCUAGGCGCUCCCCUCCUUCCAGGCCUUAGCAGGGGCCAGCUCUCUCGGACUGGGGUCUUCUCCCUCCCCACCCCUUUGUCCUGGACAGGCCCCUGCCCAGCCCCUCCCUGCCUUGUCCUCGGGUGGGGCUUGCCCCUGUCCCUCCUCCAAGCCCCUGCAGCACUGGGUUGGGUGGCAGAGCCCUCUCAUUUCAGGGACCCCAGGAGGUGCCCCUGGCUCCCGGGACUGUGUGUUUGGUGGGGGGAGGGGAGGGGAGGGGCCGGGCAGGGGUGCAGGGGAGGAAACUCCUCACCAGGAGAGCCAAAGACAGGGUUGUGCCUUACCCCAGGAGCCACCCCUGCGCCCCUCCCACCCCGCCCUCCCCACCUCUUGGGCGGCCUGCUGCUUUUCCUCCUCUCCCUCCCCUCCCCUGCCCUGCUCUGAGCUGCAUGGUCCCCCCACCCCGGGCAGCCCAGGGAGGAGCACGAAUGGAGAAUCACCAACCAACGCAAAAA